AUGGUCCAGAAUUGUUCCGUUGCUCAGUUGGUUGCCGUACUUGAAAAUAUUGAUCAACGAGAUGUAGAUGAUAGCACUGUGGUAGAAUCCGUUCACAGCCCACGACCAGAAGAUCUCCACAUUGAAGAAAUGGCCGGCUUGUCCAAUCUUGUAAAGUUGAGGGUAUUGGUUCAACAUGUUGGCUGUGAUGUACUGGUCAAAAAUACCAAUCACCAAUGGAGGCAGAACAACAAAGAUCACGUUGUACAAGGUCAAAGUCCACGACUCCACCAUCGACUGCCCACUGAACCCGUUACUGAACACGUACCAGAACUGGGUCAUAUAGAAAGUGAUGUUCUUGUAGAACGAGUAAAGAAUGGCCAAUGA